CAUAUCCAAUUCCCGAUUCCAUUGGAAAUAGAUUCCUUAUACAGGAAGGAUAGAGUAAGCCAGGUCAACCCCCAAGGAUUGACUCCACCAGCAUUCACAUGCUAAAGCAGCAACGGAACCACACAAAUCGAAACGGGUGUAAACUGUGGAAAAAAACUCACGACGAUGCCAAGAAAAACCGAGAUGGGAGCGCAUUAAAUUCGCGCAACCGCGGCCGUGGGGGGAGAUGGAGGGCCAUUUAUGAUGCUGCAGGGACCCGCCGAUUCUCACGGUGGCCACAUCCGCAUCUUCUCAUCUCCGCCGCCUCCGCCGGAGGAGAGCUCGAACGGACGCCGACAAAUUCGAUUCCGCGUAUGAUAUUUCGUCCACGGGGAAAACAGCGACCCUCUUUGACCGCUCAAUUCAAAGAGGCAGUAAGAGUCGCUGUAGAGAGAGAAAGACAGAGAGAGAGCAGAGAGCAGAGACGUUUCCUGUACCGUGCCACUGAAGUCUCCUCAUCUGCACCGUUACCUCCUCCUAUCUUCUCUUACAAGACCCUCCUCUCUCUCUCUCCAGAAGCUCCUGCCAUGGCUGGUUGCCCGGGGACGCCGUUGGGAAACGUUUCAUGAGGCGAACGACCGAGACGGCAGCAGAAACGCGAAGACGAGACAACCCGUUUCAUCGUGUCGUGUCUCUUCCACGCCAAUGGCAAUUCCCAUGUUGCUGUUCUCCAUGUCCCUCCUGAUCCUGAGCCGGCUCGCCGCCUCGGAGCCGACGCAGGACCGGCAGGCCCUCCUCGCCUUCCUCGGCCAGACCCCGCACGGGCGCCGCGUGCGGUGGAACGACUCUGCCUCCGCCUGCGACUGGGUUGGGAUCAAAUGCGACCCGGCACGGAGCUUCGUGUAUUCCUUGCGUUUGCCCGGAGUGAGGCUCGUCGGCGAGAUCCCGCCGGGCACCAUCGGCCGGCUGAGCCAGCUCCGGGUCCUGAGCCUCCGCUUCAACGGGCUCUCAGGUCGGAUCCCCUCCGACUUCUCGAACCUGACGUCGCUCCGCAGCCUCUACCUCCAGGGCAACAAAUUCACCGGCGAGUUCCCGCUGGAGUUGACCCGACUGACCCGGUUGGCUCGGCUGGACAUGUCGUCGAACCGCUUCUCCGGCCAAAUUCCACCCGCCAUUAACAACCUGGCAAAUUUGAUGCGCCUGUUUCUGGAAAACAACAACUUCUCCGGCGAGCUGCCGAGCAUCAGCGCCAUAGGCUUGCAUCACUUCAAUGCGUCGAACAACCGCCUCAGUGGCUCGAUCCCUGCGAGCCUGUCCAAGUUCCCCGCAUCCGCAUUCGCCGGGAACCUCGCCCUCUGUGGCGCGCCGCUUGAGCCCUGCACGCCGUUUUCCCCCUUGCCCAGGAAGAAGAGCAACAGACUCUCCAGAACAGCAGUCAUCGCCAUUGCGGUUGGAUGCUCCCUGUUCUUGCUCCUCAUCCUACUGCUGCUCCUCCUCUUGCUCUGCCGCAGAAGAUCGCGGAGGCAGCCGGCGAAGCCUCCUAAGCGGCCAGCAGCAGCUGCGGUGGGACACAGUCCCGCGGCGGCAGAGGUGUGGACGUCCUCGUCGAAGGAGGACUUCACUAGCGGGUCCGCAGAAGCUACGGAGAGGAACAAGCUAGUGUUCAUGGGAGGCCUGGGAGGUGCCGAGUUCGACCUGGAGGACCUGCUGAGGGCGUCGGCGGAGGUGCUGGGGAAGGGGAACGGCGGGACGUCGUACCGGGCGGUGCUGGAGGAAGGGACGGAGGUGGCGGUGAAGCGGCUGAGGGAGGUGGCGGCAGGGCAGAGGGAGUUCCAGGAGCAGAUGGAGGCGGUGGGGAAGGUGAGGCACGACAACGUGGUGGGGCUGAAAGCGUACUACUACUCCAAGGACGAGAAGUUGCUGGUCUACGACUACUUGCCUCGUGGAAGCUUGGCUACCCUCCUUCACGGUAGCAGAGGCUCAGGCCGUACGCCGCUCGACUGGGACAACCGGCUGAGGAUCGCCAUCCACGCAGGACGGGGCCUCGCCCACCUCCAUGCAUCGGCCAAGUUGGUCCAUGGCAACAUCAAGUCCUCCAAUGUCCUGCUCCGACCCGAUGGCACCGCAGUCGUCUCAGAAUUCGGGCUCAACCGGCUCUCGGGCCCAAAAUCCGCGUCAUCCACCCGGGUCAUAGGCUAUCGGGCCCCGGAAGUCGCUGAGACGCGCAAGGCGACGUUCAAGUCUGACGUAUACAGCUUCGGCAUGUUGCUCCUAGAGCUUCUCACGGGAAAAGCACCCGAUCAGGCGUCGCUUGGCGAGGAAGGUAUCAAUCUGCCACGGUGGGUCCAGUCUGUGGUCAGCGAGGAAUGGACGGCCGAGGUUUUCGACACGGAGUUGAUCACAGGUGGUGAUCAGGAGGAGGAGAUGGUGCGGGUGCUGCAAAUCGCGAUGGCCUGCGUUGCCAUCGUACCGGAUGAGAGGCCUCGAAUGUCGGAGGUGGUGCGGAUGCUGGAGGAGAUGAGGGCUAGGAGUGAAGCCGAGGAAGGGACCAGACCGGCGUCGUCCGAUGAUCCAUCGAAAGGAUCCAACGGUCAGCCUCCACCACCUAUAGAGAUGAAAACCCCGCCUGAAGGAUCUACAUCUUGAGCCUCACAUCGCUUGCAAUUUAAAAUGAAUUUUGUAGUGUUUUGAGAGAAGGCAUUUUUAUCCAUUCAAUUCCACCAUCAAUAAAAAGUUCCAUAGGCUUGAUAUGAAAGAAAAUAAGGAAUUUUGUAUCGCUUAGCAUGCCAUGAUUGAUUUGGAUAAACGAGAAAUUUUUGCUUUGA